UAGUGUAUACUAAGAAAGAGAUAUGGCGAGUAACUCGAACUCAACACAAUUUCCCAGUAGAUUUGUCGUUUAGGACUAAUAAAGAAUGGUCAAUGAUUUAUUACUAAAUAGCAGAAAUUACACGACCUACUGUACACGAAGAAUGCUGUUAUGAUGAAGACGCAGUUAUUUUUUAAAUGUGGAUGACUAUCUUUAUAAAACAUUAAAGUACUUCUAUGUUUGAUGUUUGAAUUCAAGUUUUUUUGACUUGUUAUUUUGCAUUGCAUCUGCAUCAUUGUAAAUGAAACUUUGUAAUUUCAUCUUGUUUGUCAAAUCUGUAUAUGUUUAACAAUAAAGUUGUUUUUUAACUCAUUUUUUAAUAGAAAACUUGGAAAGUUUUUGCUGUGCAAAUUUGCAUGUUUAAUUAGUAACCAGGACCAUCAUUCAUUUUGUGCUGGAAAGCUAUACAGUUAUUGCAAGGUUUUUAUGUGCUACUCUCUGUGUGUCAUUCAUACACAAAUAUUUCAUGGCAAAAGAGAACAAACUAAAGGGUGGGUCAAGAACUCAUUGUGCUGCUAUCAACUGCACACAAAGCAAACGAACUCGUCCUGAUUUAAGUUUUUUUCGUUUUCCAAAGGAUAUGGAGAGAUCAAAGGAAUGGGUAAACAAUUGUCGUCGUGAAGAUCUUUUGGGCAAAAGUGCAGAAUAUCUUUACAAGAAUUGUAAACUGUGUGCAGAUCAUUUUGAGGACUGCAUGUUCACCAGCAUGGAAAAGAAGAGAUUAAAUCCUCAGAGUAAGCCAACUCUAUUCAAAAUUCCCAAUCCUCCACCCCAAAUUGGGAAAAAACGAAGGGCAAUUGAAAGAAAAGAAAUUCAAUAUGUUCCAUCAGCAAAGAAAUCUCGACAUGAAGAAAUAGCCAAUGUUACAGAAGAAAAUCAAACAAUAGAAGGCAACCAAGUUUAUGAUAUUCAAACGAAUCAAUCAAAUGAAAAUGAAGAAGACAAUCCACCUGAGUGUUCAAAAAGAGAUUUCGGUGGUCAAACAUACCAAUCUCUCAGAUAACACCCUAGGAAGAGAAAACAAAAAACAACAAUUCAAACUAAGAAUACAAAAAUACGAAGGCUGAGCAGAAAGAUUAAAAAUCUGGUGAAAGAGAAGGAUAUCGAAUGCACAUUAGAAGCUGCACUAAAAAACCUGCCUGGGCAUCUAGCCAGCUUUAUAAGGUUACAAAUGAAGCUCCACUCAAAAAAGAAAUAUGGUCGAAGAUACUCACCAGAAUUACAAUCAUUAGCUGUCUCUAUGCCAUGCUAGUGGAAAAGCAUACAAGCUUCUAUCAAAGCUUUUUAUUCUGCCAUCAAUGACAUCAAUAAGAAGAUUUGUUUCAAGAAUUCCUAUGAAAACAGGCAUACCACAAGCAACAUUAAACCUAUUAAAAGAGAAAGUUCUACAUAUGA